CCAGUCCUCUGCCUGAAUCCAGCUGGUAGCCUGCCUGCCGUUGACGGUUCUGUUGCAGUUGAGGUGAGAGCCGCCAGUCACCAUGGGGAACAUCUUCGGGAACCUGUUGAAGAGCCUGAUAGGCAAAAAAGAGAUGAGGAUUCUCAUGGUGGGCCUGGACGCUGCUGGGAAAACCACCAUCCUCUACAAGCUGAAGCUGGGGGAGAUUGUCACCACCAUUCCUACUAUUGGUUUCAAUGUAGAGACAGUUGAGUACAAGAACAUCAGCUUCACCGUGUGGGAUGUGGGUGGCCAGGACAAGAUCCGUCCCCUGUGGAGGCACUACUUUCAGAACACCCAGGGGUUGAUCUUUGUGGUGGACAGCAACGACCGUGAGCGAGUGAACGAAGCACGGGAAGAACUGAUGAGGAUGCUGGCAGAGGACGAGCUGCGGGAUGCCGUUCUUCUCGUCUUUGCUAACAAACAGGACCUGCCCAAUGCCAUGAACGCUGCAGAGAUCACGGACAAGCUGGGCCUGCACUCCCUACGCCACCGUAACUGGUACAUUCAGGCCACCUGCGCCACCAGCGGUGACGGCCUCUACGAGGGCCUGGACUGGCUGGCCAAUCAGCUGAAGAACAAAAAGUGAACAGUUCGGUCAGUAGAGUGGGGAAAAGCCUGGGUGCCAGCUCCAGGUAGUGGUUAUAGUGGAUCCAUUGCGUUUACAUGGAGAGGCAGUGCUGAAAAGUUCCCAGGGGGUGACUCUCAAUGGCUUUCUCCCCCCACCCCAAAUACUUCUAUUUUAUUUCUUUACUUUGAUUAAUUUGAUUUGUUUGGAUCUGCGGUGAGCGUAUUUAAUCAUUUAGAAAACAAUGGUGUCGAAGUUGACUUACAUUCUAUAAGCUGAAUACAUAAAUAUCGGGAUGUAAUAGUAUAAUGUUACUGUGAAGGCUUAUGUAUUUCCCCUUCUUUGCAGUCUAUAACUUCUGACCUCCAUCACCGUUUAAUUUACUAUGAAAAUGUGAUGAAUCUAGACUCAUGAUGGCAGAACAACCUUCCCUCAGAUACUUGAUGUAAAUUAUAAAGAAUGUCAUAAUAGUAUAGUGGGAGUACUAUUAUUAUCUCAGAAUACUGUCGCUUUGUCUGAAAACAUUAUACUCAUACAGGCUCAAAUAAAUGUAAAGUUGUCAUUUCCUGUCCAUACAGAUGUUUUACCACCACCAAAUGGUGCACUCCAGAGCUUGAUUUAUAUUUGAUCAAAAACAUAGGUUAGUUCCAAUUUUAUUUAAACGCAUUAUUUUUUUAAAUUUAUUUUCUGAAACACAAAAUCUGCUGACAUACUACAUAGUCUUAAACAAUUUAUAUCUUUGUCAACAUUUAUUUAUAAGUUUAUUUAUUGAUUUGAUUUUCUAAGUGCAUCUAUUUUUUUCUCUCCUUUUAUUUCAACAUGCAUUUACUGCUAAGGCAGCUGGUGAAAAAAAAGAAGCCUCCAUAUCUCUGUAUAUUACCGCUUCCCAAUCUGCAUGGAGAUAUCCCAGUACUGGCUCGUGGGCUUGUGAGAGCUGUGAACUACUGCAGGCCGCUGCUGUAAAUAAAGAUUUGUUCUUAGUCAACUUGCCUGGCUCAGUAAGGGUUAAAACAAUUUGUCUGGCAUCAGCGAGGUGUCAUAGCUGAACUGAUACAGAUGACAGAACAGGCAUACUGUGCCAGCUCUGUGGCUUAGAAAAAAAAAAAAAACAUGCUGCUAUUGGCCUGUGAGUGAUUGGCGGAGUGAUGCAGCAGAGCAUGUGAUUGACAAUAUUAGAGAGCUUACAUGGUUUUGAAUGUUUAUUUUUUAAGUCAUUUUUUGUGCAAGCAGCUACUCUAUCUGUCAAAAGAACUCACAUUGCUUGUCAUCCUGAUUUUACUCAUCCCUAAUUGGCGUGACAUUAUAUGUGUUUCUUGUGUUGACCGUAUCUCUGUGUACCAUGUUGCACAAAAGAACUCUAGAUGCAUUAUUGUUGUACAAAAUGUAAUGUCUGGUUUUUUCUUGUGUUUUUGGAUGGAGUAUUUAUUUAUUUUGGAAUCAAAAGGCAAGCGUUGAUUUUAGUGUUGUUGUGUUUUUUCUUAAUUUGCUAAACUAGAUCAGAUCAGUUGUCUUUUUGAGUGUUCACAAAUCAGAUAAUUUGAAAAUAAUAGGAGAGAGGAUGAUAGUAAUACUGCAUCAUAAGGCAUGUUAAUACUGUAAAAGAUCUGUAAUAAAAGUGAAUUAUAAUAGCCUGUUUCCUCAGACUAUAUUUGUUAGUCUAAAUUACUGCUGCUGGUUGGAACAAUGCUGUACUGAUAAAUGUUCAUGGAUUUAGUGUAAAGUUUACUGAACAACCUUCUAAUAUGCAAAAGCAUGCUUUUCUAUGUCAGCGCAAUUGUAUAUAUGUUUAUGUAACAAGAAAAGUAUAUCAUGGUAAUCGCAGUCAAAUUGAAAGUGUUGUUGAGAACACCUGUAGAUAUCGGGUUCGGUGUGUUGGCAGAUACGUAUAACUGACAGCAGCUUGUGUGUGUGUGUGUGAUGUGCCCUCUAUUACGUUCAGUUUGGUGUGAAAAUUGUUUUUGUGGCCUUAUAUUGCCAGUGGUUAAUUUCACUUUGAUAACAGGUUUGUAUGUAGGAAUGUCCCGACAUUCAAGUAUCUCACCUACGAUCUGUAACACUGAUGCACUCGCAGUACUGUUGUGGCUAAACAUCCCUCUUUAAGUGACUAUUGGCAGACUAUAACUUGAAAAAUGAAGAAAAGCAAGACUGUGCAACAUUCCAGCUGAUAACGUGUGUUCAAAAAGGAACCAACUGAAAAUGAAUUUUAAUCAACUUAGUGGAAUAUUAUCAA